AUGUCGCUUGAUAAACACGCGAACAACCUGCAGAAUCUCUCGGUUUCUGAGCUGAAGCAUAUUUUAAGAUCCUACGGCAGAUCCACAAAAGGAAGGAAAUCUGUGUUGAUAAGUCGAAUCCAGAGCCAUCACAACCAGCGAAGCACUGCAGCUGGUAUCAUGGCCAAGAACAGCAGUCCCUCGGUCAGCUUUCACAGCAUGACCCUGACCUUAGAGAUGGAAAGGAAGGAGCGGGAGAAGAUCGUCUUGUGGAGGCGACCUGUGUUGACCUUGCAGUAUUUUGUGUAUGAAACGGUGGCACUUACAUCAGUUUUAGCUAACAGGUUAUACAAGAGAAAGAAAUCUGUUGCUUUAACUGUUCUGAUGUUGAUAGUCGCCUACAUAAUCUACCACAUGGAGGGACCCCAUCAGAAGGUUGUCCAAUCCGUAGAAAAAAAGCUUCUGUGGUGUGCCUAUUGGAUUGGAUUGGGGAUUUUAUCAUCCGUUGGGUUAGGGACGGGGUUGCACACUUUUCUUCUUUAUUUGGGUCCCCACAUUGCUGCUGUCACACUGGCAGCCUACGAGUGCAAGUCUGUGAACUUCCCCGAGCCUCCUUAUCCGAAUGAAAUUGUGUGUCCAGAGACACAGGACACCCGUCACAUGUCCCUGUGGGUCAUCAUGAGCAAGGUGCGCCUGGAAGCAAUCAUGUGGGGGGCUGGCACAGCUAUAGGAGAGUUGCCUCCCUAUUUCAUGGCACGAGCUGCCAGAUUGUCAGGUGUGGACCUGGAGGAUGAUGAGUUCGAAGAGAUCGAGGAGCUUCUUCAUGAUAAGACUCGACAUCCUGAAGAAAUGGGAUUUUUGGAGAAAGCCAAACUGUCCAUACACAACUUGGUCCAGCGAGUUGGCUUCUUUGGCAUUUUGGCAUGUGCUUCAAUUCCAAACCCAUUAUUUGAUCUAGCCGGGAUUACUUGUGGCCAUUUUCUCAUUCCAUUUUGGACAUUUUUUGGUGCCACACUCAUCGGCAAAGCCAUCAUUAAAAUGCAUAUUCAGAAAUUGUUCGUCAUCUUCAUCUUUAGUGCUCACCAUGUCGAGACUGUGGUGAAACUCAUUGGGCUGAUCCCCCAUUUCGGGAGACUCAUGCAGCAUCCGUUCCAAGAGUACCUGGAGAAACAGAAGCAGAAACUUCACCACAAGCCAGGCGCUGGGCAAGAAGAAGGGGGAGGCAACAUUCUGUCCUGGUGCUUUGAGAAGUUGGUGAUGUUCAUGGUGGCCUACUUUGUCCUGUCCAUCUUCAACUCAAUGGCCCAGAACUACCACAAAAGACUAUGCAAGAACAACCGAGCUGGCAAAAAGGCAGUUCGCCCGACGUAA